AUGCGAGCCGGCUCAAACCCGUUUGACUGGUGUGGCCUCAGCCCCCAAGAGGCAUGUAAUUCAGAGAAUACCAUUAUAUAUGGAUUCCAAGCUAGCUCUGUCUCAAAGGACAUUGACACAGCAGCCAAGUUCUUUGGGGCUGGGGCUGCCACUGUGGGGGUGGCCGGCUCUGGAGCUAGGAUUGGUUCUGUGUUUAUAAGUCUCAUCAUUGGUUAUGCCAGGAACCCUUCCCUGAAGCAGCAGCUCUUUCCCCACACCAUCCUGGGCUUUGCCCUGUCUGAGACCAUGGGGCUCUUUUGCCUGAUGGUGGCCUUCCUCAUCCUCUUCUCCAUGUGA